GAAUGUGUACUGAAACUGAUGUCUACACCCGUGUUACAUAAAUCUAUCACAGUGACAGAUGUUAAUGAUGUAAGAAACAUUUCUCGUGUGUCAUCAGACCGGGUCUGGAUGAGUGAUGGUAACAAUCUCAUCUUGACAAACACAGCAGGUGAUACACUACAUCAUCUGACAAAUAUAGAUAGUUAUUAUGGAGAACACACAGUGAACAAUGCAGGUGAUCUUAUUUAUAUAGACAAAGAUCAUAAUAUAAACAAAUUAUCGACAGAUAACAGAUCAAAGUCAAUACUGAUAAAGAAAACAAAACUAUGGAAGCCUCUCUGUGUCUACUGCUCCCGCUCCAAUAGAGACCUGCUGGUUGGGAUGUGGGAUUACAGAAAAACAGGCAAGGUAAACCGUUACAAUAACACAGGACAACACAUACAGACAAUACAACACAACAGCACAGGUCAGAAACUGUAUAAAUCUCCUGCAUAUAUUACUGAGAACCGUAAUGACGAUGUUAUUGUGUCUGAUUUGGACAAAGGUAUAGUAGUGACAGAGCAUGAGGGAAAAUAUCGCUUCACGUAUGCAGGGCCUCCCUCUGGAUCAGGAUUAGCACCCUUAGGUAUUUGUACAGAUGCUCUGUCACACAUCCUAGUGUGUGACCGUAACACUCAGACUCUGCAUAUGAUUAACAAGGAUGGCUACUUCCUGUCGCUGAUUCAGACACGGCAACAUCACGGCAUAUUUUCACCAUGGAGCCUGAAUUAUGAUUACAAAACUCACCUUCUCUGGGUCCGAUCAUGGAACGACAGAGUUUGUGUCUACAGGUACAUAAACAGACAGGACUAUCUGACAGGUAAUUGAUAAAUAAACACAUGUACAUAAACUCACAGGAUCAUCAGAUUGGUAACUGUAUUUAGAUACAUGGCAAGGAGAAAAUACAAACAGUGAUAGAUCUCAUAAAAAUCUACAAACAA